AUGCCGCGUGCUGUAGCAGGUGUUUUGGUCGAAUGCGACCCUUCCAUCAAAGCCAUCUUGAUCAAAAUCGAUACCGAGCACAACCAUGACUUCAUAGUCGAAGACAUCGAUGAUGAGCACGUGCUUGUGAAGAACAUGAAGCAAGAUGAGCUGAAACGAUUGCUGAAGGAGGCUCUGAAGGAUACAGUCAAGGAGCCGGAGGAAGGCUCUGAAUCGGAUUGA